AUGGAAGGAGUACAGCAAAGGCGAUUCACGCUAUGCCAGCCGAAACGCAAUGUCAUUUGCUCCGCUCUCGCACCACCCCUUGCAGGGAAGGAGUACAGCAAGGCUGAUUCGCGCUAUGCCACACGAGACGGCUGUGUGCUCUCUGUUGAGGCAGUCACUGCGUUCAUUGAAGGGCCUGCUUGCUUCCUCAUCCUAUAUGGUAUGGCGUCGCGGCGCCCCUUCUCCCCGCUCCUCCAGUUCGCCGUCUCCCUCGGCCAGCUGUACGGCGACGUCAUCUACUUUGCGACAAGCUUCCUGGAAGAUUCCAAGCACUGCCAUCCGGACCCGAUCUACUUCUGGGGGUACUUUAUAGCGAUGAACGCCGUGUGGAUUGUGGUCCCCUUUGCCAUCCUCUGCCGCUGCUGGGGGCAGAUCACGGCAGCCAUGGCAGCUGCGUAUGCAGCUGGGGGGAGUGGUGUCGGUGGUGGUAGUGGGGGGAUGAAUGGGGCAGUGAAGAGCAGACGGGCAAAGAGGGAAUGA